UGAUAGCAGGGAUGUUUAUGAUUUUCAAACAAACAACAUUUAAAUACCAAAUGGAAAGUACAUGAAUGUAUAAGGCGUAAUGUGGCAGUAAAGCGAAACAGUAUUUGCAUUUUAUAGUGAAUUAUGUAGCAAAAUCACAGUGAGAUGCACUACACUUACAAGUGUUAUAGUGUACGCAGUAAUCCCGCCAGAAAUAAAAUAAACAUUAGCGUAGAUGUAUGAACAAAGGAGUUAUAAAGGAUCCUAGCAUUUAGCUUGCGUGUAAACUGUAUAGCAGUUAUUAUAUUUUAAUUCGUGGUUAAUAGUAUAAUGGUUGCUCGAAUCUCUUAGUGCCUUGCCAUGAAUUAAACUGAAAUUUGCAGCGCUUUCCACAUGCGUGUUUGUGAACCGUAGCCACAAGUUGUAAGGAUGGAGCGAUGGAUGUUACCAGCAGAAGAAACGUUACAUGCACUACGAUAUUACAGAACCUACGGCAAUGAAUAGCAACGAAACUCACGGAAGUUGUUCGAAAAUUUGCGAGUGAGUACUGCUGUAAAAUUCUAUUUUAUUACAAAGCAGCUGCGAAACAAUUGCUGGAGAUGAAGUUUCAGAAAUGAAAACUUUCUGUCUGCGGUUAAUCGAAGUGGACAGUAAACCAUGAAUGAUUUUGACUAUGAUUUUGUUGACGAAAUGGAUGAUAUGUCACCAGUUUACGAGGAUUUGUAUGUACCAUCCACACAUCUUUGGUAUGAGGAGGAUGAUGGAACAGACAGUGUCAGAGUUACAGAACUUUUAGAACUCUGUAUCGAACCUACGUUAAGAGAUGGCCUGAAUCACAUAGGCAAAUUAUUACUUUGGUGUUUUCUCUUCCGUGCCUCGACCCAGUGGGUGAAGGUUCCAGCACUGGUAUGCCAUUCUGUUUCUGCUGGAACUGGUCUGGUGAUAUUACAUCACUUUUUCCACAGUACCAUGUAUUACAUAAUAGGAUUUGCUACUGGUGCCUAUUUCCUGCUGUUUCUUGUCUCAUGUUUUUUGAAAAGGCAUAGAGGUCCAAUCAUGGGAGUUGUUUCAGUCGGUUUUCUCAUUAUCUGUGAACUGCUUUUUGUUAGUAGAACUGAAUGGCAUAAAAUUCGGGGAGCUCAGAUGCUUGUGGCGAUGAAGGUGAUAUCAGUUGCAUUCGAUACAGAUUUUGGAGCUUUGCAAUCUCUUCCAUCACCUGCUGAGUAUAUAGGUUAUGUACUUUGUGUAGGCACAUGUGUCUUUGGACCAUGGGUGCCGUACAGGGAUUACUUAGCAAUUUAUAACAAGCCCUUAUGGAAUGCUAAGUGGUUGUGGAAAAUUGCUGUGAGUGUCCUAAUGGCAUUGUUCUUUCUUACUGUCUCCACGUGUUGGACCCAUUGGUUCAUUCCAGAUGAUGCCUGGAGGUGGUGGACAGCUUAUCGUGAUGCUCUCUCAUUCAGGUCGAGUCAUUACUUUGUUUCUUUCUUGUCAGAAGCAUCAGCUAUUCUAUGUGGAUUUGGCCAACGAACUGAUCCACUGUUUAGCCUCCCAGUAGCUAGACCGCAGUUUAUUGAAGUACCUCGGUCAUUAGUUCAAGUCGUCGUGUACUGGAACAUUCCUAUGCACAAUUGGCUGAAAAAUUAUGUGUUCCGUACCACGAAACCUAUGGGAAGCUUUGCUGCUAUUCUGUCAACAUAUGCUGUAAGUUCCUUGCUACAUGGCUUGAAUUUUCAGUUGGCAGCUGUUCUACUGUCAUUGGGAGCAUAUACAUAUGCUGAAUACGUGUUGCGACAGAAAUUGGCUACGGUGUUUGGUGCCUGUAUUUUAGUGCGUCCAUGUAGGAAAGAUUGUGCACAUCGCUACAAAGAAAAGAGACUUUCAGUUAUAUUGAUUAACAUAGGCUUUGGUGCAAUUGCUGCAUUUCAUUUAUCAUAUUUGGGAGUAAUGUUUGACAUGUCAGAUAAACUUCAAGAUGAAGGUUAUAAUUACUCACACACAUUGGCAAAAUGGUCAGUGUUGAAUUAUGCCAGUCACUGGUUUGCACUGGGAACAUAUAUUUUUUAUCUUCUUAUUUAAAUAUGAAUACUUUCUUUUCCAAGCACCAACACUCGACACACAUCCUUCCCUUAGUUUUUCGUGACAUGCCAGAUAUUCUGCCUUUGCAGCAAACAGCAGAGUGAAAUGCAAAUCAAAUAUCAGUACAGGUAAGAUUCCAGCCAUCAUGCUGUCCUUUACAAUGUAUAAAUUAGUGCUCUGUAAGAAAUUGUAGACAUGAUUUGACAGUGUGUCCACAGCUACAAACUUAUUUCUGGUGGAAACUUUUGCAAUGUCUUGAGUUCACAAAAAAGUAUUAUUAAAAGAAAAUAAGUUUUAGUUUAAAAAUUGACAUUGUGCAUAAAUCUUUAGUAAUUGUUUAGAGUGAACAAAGCUGUUUGACAACAACCAGCUCCUUGAAAAACUUCUGGAUUUAUUUUGUUAUCCUUUAUUUAUGUGCAAAAUACAAUAAAGUGAUGUGGUAAACCAUA